GUAAAAUGUGUUUUUCUUUUUAAUACUAUUAAUAUGGAUAUUGUUAUUUUUCUUAUUGAUAUUAUGAUUAUUAAAUUAUUAAAGAUAUUAAAACAAUAUAAAGGAAACCUUCCAAAAAAUCAAUGUAAAGAGUAAACAGGUGAGAUUGCUAGGACUAAGCACUUGUAAAACCAUCUAUGUAUAAAAAUAGAUGAACUUAUAUUACAGUGGGCAUGGCAUGUAUUCUUGCCAUGACAUUCAGACAAGAAUAUUUGUAUGUGUAUGCUUGUAUGCAUGCAUAUAUUAUACAUGUAUAUCUUCUUAACACUGGGUACCCAUUUCAUAAACAUGUCUUAGGGAUUUUGGAUGUUUUGACUUGGCAUCAAGAGGAUAUACCCAUGUUCCCAUUAUAAUUAACAUGAGGUGUAUGGUACUCACUAGUAGCAAAGAAGAGUGUAUAGAUAUAAAUUGAUAGGUGUUUCUGGAUAUAUGUAUAUAUUUUUGCUAAGGGGUAGCACUAAGUUUGCUCUAGUCACUCAUAAAUACCGUGUCACUAGGGGCAAGGGUAAAUGUAUAGAUGUAAAUAGAUAAAUGUUUGUGGAGAUAUUUUUUUUAUGCAAGGGAUAGCACUAAAUUUUCUGUAAUCACUUUUAGUACAUGCACUAUUUGAACUUCAUUCUAGGUGGCCAGUUGCAUCAAGGACCGUCUGCCAUAGGAAGUAUGAACGCAGGCAUCCAGCCUCGUUUUCCUCAGGAAGCAAGUGUCCUUCCAGUCUCAAAUGUAAGUGGGAACAUGGCUCAUGCUCAUCAAGUGAAUAGGACCAUGACAGGCCUGUUAUAUCAAAUGUCAUCAGCAUCCAGUAGCAAUUCUGAGCUGGGACAACAGCAAGUCAGCGACAGGUUCACAGCUUCGGUGCCCAUUGCCGCAGCACCCAUUACAACAUCUGCCAUCACCAGUCAUGUGGCAGCAGAACCCUCAAAUAUGCCAAGCAAUGCUAAGAAAAAUACCAUAGGCAAAGGCAGUGAGAAUCAGCAAGUCUGUCUCCAAGGAGUACAUGAGACUGCCCCUUCUACACAAAGUCCAGGGUCAGAUGCUAGUGAAGAGGAUGGUGAAGCACAUCAAAAAAAUUGGUGCUUCAUAUGCGGCAAAAUUGGAGAAUUCACUUGCUGUAAUGGUAUUGUCUACUGCAGCAAAUCAUGCCAGAGUAUAGAUUGGGAACGACACUCAAAAGAAUGCUCCUGCAAUGUGCAAGCUUAGGAUCAGCAUCUAAGCAGCACAGAUGAAACCAAAGGUUAUGCGUCCAUGCUGCUAUGGUUUUCUAACUUCAGUUGCAGAAAGGAUUGCCAAAUAUUUUCAUAAAAAAAAACUUUUUAAAGGGAUGGCUUCAGAGGGACUGAUCAUUGAUCAUUUAAUACACUUGGUGUUGUGUUUAUGGAUAAACUACUUUUUCUUCUUUUUAAAAAGCUGGUAUCUACUUUUGCAGCAGGUAUUCAACAUAUUAACCCUAAAGCAAUGGGCAUGUGAGUUUACUUAAUAAUUGUUUUCACAUACAGAUGGCUCCACUUGUACUAAGUCACCAAUGUGCCAAUUAUGUGUACUUGUCUCACCCUUUUGCUUGAUUUUCAAAAAUAUUUGAUGUUAUCUUAUAUUGCUAUCGUUAAUGUCAAUAACAUUGUAGAAAAUAUAAUGUCCAUAAUAAAUUGAUAUUGAUAGCAUUAGGAAAAAAAAAAAUCAUCUAUUUAAGGAAAGGUGAAAUCAGGUCUACUAAUUGACUCCUUUGUGGCUAAGCACUUGCAGAGACAUUUCACAAAAAAAUGAGCAUAUUUUCCCGGUGACAUUAGGUUAAUAGAUUUGAUAAUGAUUUGUAUUUCCUUUGUAUACUACUUUUUAAAAUUGUAUCCAUUAACACAUGUAUGCUAUUUUAUAAACAUUAUAUGUAACCAAGUGUCUUAACAUUGGAAAUUGUUGAUAUUUUAUAAAAUGAUGCUAAAAUUGUGUAUGAGGAUGAGAUUCCAGGGAAAAGGAAUUUCUUCAUACUGUGUUGAAAGGUAUGUGACUAAGGUCACAGUGGUAUAUAUUUUUUUAUUGAAGGAUUGCUUUAGGUGUCCUGAAGAACCAUUUUUAUGUAUUGAAGUACAUAUUGCUACUUUGUACCUUAGAUAAAAGUUACAAUCAUUUUUAGGUUUCACAAGGUCCAUAUUUUGUCUAAUCAACUGACUCCCUUUCCUUUUGAAAAUAAAUUUUCUUUAUUCAUAUACAUGCA